AUGGGGCUGUGCCUGGCGGGAAACAGAGAUUUGAACAAGAUGAGCACGUUCGUGGCUGGCCUGGUACCGCAGUCCACUGCCUACGAAGAUGGUCAGCUGAUGAUUGGAGAUGAACUCGUUGAGGUGAACGGCCAGGUGUUGUACGGCAGGAGUCAUCUGAAUGUUUCUGCCAUCAUAAAAUCC